UUUAUUAUUUUUUUUCAUGGCAAUCACACAAUUGUGCUGUCAUUACAGCACUACGAAAUUUUCGUCCUUCCUUUUCUCAAUCUUACGUAGAACCAGCCCGACACCAUGAAUGACUCGCAGUCAAACGAGAAUACUUGCGUAGUGUGUUUCAAGAACGUUUUAUACUAUUCGAUUGGCGAAUGUGACCAUCCCGUAUGUUUCGAGUGUUCAACCCGAAUGCGGGUGCUCUGCCUGCAAAAUGAGUGUCCUAUCUGCCGGCGAGACCUCUCAAGGGUGGUGUUUACGGAAACCGUCCAACCGUAUAAGGAGCUUCGUAACAGGGUGUUUACUGACCGGUUGUUUGAGAGGCAGUUCAAGAUUGGGUUCUGCAGUGAGGACAUCAAACUCUCGUAUGAGGCGUUGUUGGAAAACCGCUGUAAGAUUUGUGACAAGAUUCCACCGUUCCGCACUUUCACUAUGCUGAGUGACCACAUGAGAAAAGUGCAUGAAAGAUACUUUUGUGACCUCUGCGUUAAACACUUAAAGAUUUUCACGAUGGAGAGAAAGUGUUAUACUCGUCAAGAGCUGGCUCACCAUCGACGGAGAGGAGAUGUGGACGAUACAUCCCACAGAGGUCACCCCCUCUGCGAGUUCUGCGAGGAGCGUUUCAUGGACGCGGACGAGUUGUACCGGCACUUGCGUAAGGAGCACCUCUACUGCCACCUGUGCGACGCCGACGGGCGUAAUCUGUAUUACGCGUCCCACUCCGCGCUUGCCCACCACUUCCGCACCGAUCAUUAUCUGUGCGAGGAGGGCGAGUGUGCGGGACAACACUUGACGGCUGUGUUUAGAAGCGAAAUUGACCUUAAAGCGCACAAGGCGACGGUACACGGUCGUGGCAUGCCCCGCGGCGCGGCCCGCCAGGCGCGGACGCUCGAGCUACAGUUCAACAUCACACCGCAUCCCAAUGUGCAGCGGACACCCAGGGAUCAUAGGGGUGAUCACAGGGAUAGACGAGAGCAACCGGAGCCGAUACCCGCCCCGGUAGUGCAGGUGGCGCCACAGGCGGACAUCGACACGCGCAGCGACGAGCAGUUCCCGCGACUGUCGGCCGCGCCCGCCGCGCCCGGACUCGUGCUCUCGGCCCCGCAUCGCUCUUAUAAAGUAGGUGUCGACGGGCUGACUCGCAACGACAAGAACUUCCCCGCACUGGACGGCGCGGCGGGCCCCUCCCGCGCCCCUCGCCCCGCCGGACCCGCUCCCACUACCGUCGCUGCCACCAUCGUCAGGAACACUAAGCCUAGCGUGUCAAUCCAGCUACACAGCCAGCCGACUAGCGCGAGCAACUUCCGCCUGACGCAGACCAGCGGCAACCGCAUCACGAUCCCUCAUCAGCAGAAGAUGGCGUCGCUCUGCGAUGACGACUUCCCAUCGCUCAGCGUCGGCAGGGACGACCAUCCUAGCCUUGGAGCUGCUACCAUGCAACCGCCAAAGGUCGCACUCAUCAACAGUCAAGCGAUGCAGGCCUUAAAGAAUGAGCACCCGUCGCAUCACAAUAAGAAGCAGCCGCCUCAGUCGGCCGAGGCGUUCCCCGCGCUCUCGGCCACGACCGCGCCUGUCGCGCCACCGCAGUGGAUCACCGUCUCCAAGACUAAAGACAAGCAGAAGCCCACCAAGCCCGAGCCGCCGCCGAAGAGAGAGCCAGCCUUCAACCCUGUCGCCGACUUCCCCACCUUGCCCGUCAAUCUCUCUAAAUCAAAGUCCAAAAAGCAAGCAUCACAGCCACAACAACAGCAACAGCAACAACAAGCUCCUGCACAAUCAAAUGACAAUACUAAACUUAGUAAAAAAGAAAAGAAGAAACAAAAUAGUAAAAAAGAAAAUUUAGUCGACCUAUAUCACGUCAACGGCACGAAUGAUAAAAAAAUAAUGAGGGAGUCGUACGCCUCGGUGAAUAUGAAUAAUAAUCAAACGGGAGAAGAGAAAAAUGUUAAGACUGUGGAGGCCCCGACGACCGAAAGGAACCGGAAUGGCGGCAACGGAGACUUCAGCCUCGCGGCCAAGGACUACCCACCGCUGAACUCCCGCAGUGAUAACUGCCUGCCCAGCAAGAAGCUGCCUAACGGGUCCGUUCCACCAGGCUUCGUGCCGCCCGGCUUCAAGCCGCGCCCGCCUUGCGAUGGCAUGACCUUCACGAACUCCUCGGGACAGACCUUCCCCGCGCCGCUGCACUCCUACAUCCCGCCGCCGGAGUUCGAGCAAAGGAAUCGUGCUCUAGUCAAGAAAUUCUCCGUAGCGUUGGGCGGGGACGAGGCGGUAGAGAACUUCAGGGUAGCGUCGCGGGCGUUCCGGGACAGCUCGAUCAGCGCGGAGCAGUUCCACCAGCACUGCCGCGCAGCGCUGGGCGCGCAGUUCGACGAGGUGUUCCCCGAGCUGGUGGCGCUGCUGCCCGACAUCGCCAAGCAGCAGGAGCUCAUGGUGGGGCGCAGCGCGCGCGUGGCCGUGUGCAGCACGUGCGGCCAGCUGCUGGCGCCGCCCGACGCGCGCGCGCACGCCGCCGCGCACUGGCCGCCGCUGCAGCACGCCUAGCCAGCCCGCCACCAGCGACCGGCACUACACGCAACCGCUAAACUGAAACACCCACGACCCGCGCUUUGAAAUACAAUUUCUCAUAAACAGCGAUGGUAUCCGACGAUACAUGUUACAAUGUUUCGUUAUGGUCAUUGAUUUGACUUGCGGUUCUAGUGUUACGUAGUUCAAUGAUCCGAUUGUGUUCACACGUGUACCUUACACGCUGCGAGUCUUCAGACAUAGACAGUGAGUGUGAAAAACUAUAAUGUUAAUGCCAUAUGGACCUCUGACCAUCAGCCAGUGCCUACACUUCAUGAUUUGCUAGUAGCGACCUUAUUUCCUUGAAUACUUCAUGUAUUCAAUCCUUACUGUCCGGGUUUCAGGACCGUAUGGAACUAUAUAUAGUAACUGAUUAUACUUGGAAUGUAUAGUACGUAUGGUUUGUAUAUACAUAUUUAAUACAUGUUUAUCUGUAGUAGAUGAACGCGACACGCACCGGUGUUGUCGGUGUACCGUACGCGAGCGCAGUUUUAUUUCGCUAGCCUGAAUAUUCCUACGACUGUGCAUUUUUAUGUGAUCAUAUCAAAUCCACAGUAUCUCGAUUUUAUUACACUCAAAUGUGAUUUUGUAAAAUGUAAAUGUUAUAUGAUGUAAAAUAUAUUGUUUCAAAGUUAAAUUUUUAUUAUAUUUUUGUACUUUCGAUCAGAACGAUUUCUUUAGUUUUGUGUAAAAUAUUUUUUGUUGAUUACACAGGUUACUGGUUUUAUUGUAACACUUUGUGCUAAAUUAUAAUUGGAAUUAUAACUGUCCAUAUUUUCAAAUAACAUUCACUAUAAUGUAUUUAAUACUAUGUGUAGUGUAUGAAUGUACAUUGGAAAUAUAACAAUACAACUAUAACUAAGAAAUACAGUAUGGAAA